CAUUCAAAUGGGCUUUCUUUCUUUUUUUUUUUUUUUUUUUUCAUUGUUUAAUUUGUUCUGUGUAAAACCCUAAAAACCCAUUUCUCUCCCCAUCUCUUACUUCUUGUAGAAAUGGCAACGCUUCAGCUCACAAACCCAAACGAGCUGAUCUCAACCUCUUCAAUUCCCACACCAUUUCACCACAAGAUACUCCCAUUUAGAGAAUGCGUUUCUCAAAGAAGAAGCACUUUCCGGAAACGACGCCAUUUUGGGGUUGUCAGCUGCUCCUUUCACCCAGUGGAAUCAGCCAAGAUUAAGGUGGUCGGGGUCGGCGGGGGUGGCAACAAUGCCGUUAAUCGCAUGAUUGGCAGCGGUUUACACGGCGUCGAUUUCUAUGCUAUAAACACGGAUGCACAAUCACUAUUACAGUCCGCUGCCGAGAACCCACUUCAAAUUGGAGAGCUUUUGACUCGUGGACUAGGUACGGGUGGGAAUCCACUUUUGGGGGAACAAGCUGCGGAGGAAUCGAAAGAAGCCAUUGCAAAUGCUCUUAAGGGGUCAGAUCUUGUGUUUAUAACUGCUGGUAUGGGUGGAGGAACGGGGUCUGGUGCUGCCCCAGUUGUUGCCCAGAUAUCCAAGGAGGCAGGUUAUUUGACUGUUGGUGUGGUUACCUAUCCUUUCAGCUUUGAAGGACGUAAGAGGUCCUUGCAGGCAGGCGAGGCUAUUGAAAAGUUGCAAAAGAAUGUUGACACUCUUAUAGUCAUUCCCAAUGACCGUCUCCUGGAUAUUGCUGAUGAGCAGACACCCCUUCAGGAUGCUUUCCUUCUUGCUGAUGAUGUUCUACGUCAGGGAGUGCAAGGAAUUUCAGACAUAAUCACGAUACCUGGACUGGUUAAUGUGGAUUUUGCAGAUGUCAAGGCAGUCAUGAAAGACUCGGGAACUGCAAUGCUUGGAGUAGGAGUUUCCUCCAGCAAAAACCGUGCAGUUGAAGCUGCUGAACAAGCUACUUUAGCUCCCCUCAUUGGAUCCUCAAUUGAAUCAGCUACAGGGGUAGUGUACAAUAUUACAGGAGGGAAGGACAUAACCCUGCAGGAAGUGAACAGAGUGUCUCAGGUUGUGACGAGUUUGGCAGAUCCUUCUGCUAACAUCAUAUUUGGGGCUGUUGUGGAUGAUAACUACAACGGAGAGAUUCAUGUUACUAUCAUUGCGACUGGGUUUUCGCAGUCUUUUCAGAAGACACUAUUGACAGACCCCAAGGCAGCAAAGCUGAUUGAAAAAGUUACAGGGGGCCAAGAAAGUAAGGGAAUGCCCUUCUCCCUCAACUCCUCAACCUUGCCGUCAACUGUUCCAUCCAGACCAUCUCCGCGAAAGCUCUUCUUUUAACUCGGUCCAUUUUUUUUUUUGGUUCAACCACUUUUUCCAUUUAACUCUGUAAUGAUCUUGAAGCUCAGUGUAUGGGAAUGUCACUUUCUUUUAGGGUUUACUCGUAUUUAUGUAGUUAGGGUUCUUGGA